AUGUCGUACUCAUGGAUUGGGGCUCCGGCCGAGUUCAAUGGAACGGACGAGAUCACAGGUGGAGACUCACUGACUGAAAACUUGAACCAAUGGUACGAUGCCGGUGACCAGGCCUACAUUCUCGUGUCCUCGGCCAUGGUCAUGGUCAUGAUUCCCGGUCUGGCCUUCCUCUACUCUGGUCUUGCGCGCAGAAAGUCCGCCCUGUCUCUCAUCUGGGCGUGUAUGUUCUCUGCUUCCGUCAUCACUUUCCAAUGGUACUUCUGGGGAUACUCGCUCGCGUUCGGCCCCUCGACAAAUGGCUUCAUCGGCAACCUCGACAAGUUCGGUCUCAAGGGCGUGCUCGGUCAUCCCAGCCCGGGAUCGCCUCUGAUUCCUGAGCUUCUUUACUCGUUCUACCAGAUGCAAUUCUGUGCUGUCACCGCUGCCAUCGUCGUCGGCUGCGUUGCUGAGCGUGGUCGCCUGAUCCCAAUGAUGGUCUUCAUCUGGCUCUGGGCCACCAUCGUAUACUGCCCCGUCGCAUACUGGGCCUGGAACGCGAACGGCUGGUUCUUUGUGUGGGGUGGACUUGACUACGCUGGUGGUGGUCCCGUUGAGAUCGUCUCCGGUUGCACUGCUCUCGCCUACUCCAUGAUCCUCGGUCGCCGUCAGGAGAAGAUGAUGCUCAACUUCCGCCCGCACAACGUCUCGCUCAUCACACUCGGUACCGUCUUCCUGUGGUUUGGAUGGCUGGGUUUCAACGGUGGAUCCGCUUUCGGUGCCAACCUUCGCGCUGUCAUGGCUUGCUGGAACUCCAACCUCACUGCCAUGUUCGCUGCGAUGACCUGGGUCCUUCUCGAUUGGCGUCUUGCCCGCAAGUGGUCGAUGGUCGGCUGGUGUUCCGGUGUCAUCUCCGGACUCGUCGCUGCCACCCCCUGCUCCGGUUUCCUCACUCCCUGGGGAAGCGUUAUCCUUGGUAUCACCACCGGUAUUGUUGCUAACUUUGCUACCAAGAUCAAGUUCUGGAUCCGCAUUGACGAUUCCCUCGAUGUCUUCGCUGAGCACGGCGUCGCCGGAAUGUGGGGACUUUUCAUCAACGGUAUUCUCGGUGCCGACUACAUCAUCGGCCUCGACGGCGUCAACAACGGUUUGACUGCGGGUGCCAUUACCGGCAGCCCCGAGGCCAUCUACAAGCAAAUCGCCUACAUCGUCGCCUGCACCGCCUACUCUUUCUGUGUCAGCGCCCUCCUCGCUUUCGUCAUCAACAAGAUUCCGGGUCUGCACCUGCGCGCUUCGGAGGAGGCUGAGCUUCUCGGUAUGGACGAUGACCAGCUUGGCGAGUUCGCGUACGACUACGUUGAGGUUCGUCGUGAUUACCUCGCCUGGACACCCGCCAAGGGCGAGCCCCUCAACGGCGAGCACAGCGUUCCCCAGGGCGAGCGUCACGGUAUCCCCCAGCACAGCGAGAUGCUUGAGGGCAGGACACCCAGCGAGCACAGUGGCACUGGCCACACUGGCAUCGGCGGCGACCGCCACGCCGUUGCUAUGGGCCCCGAGCACGAGAAGACCACACCUCCUUCGUCUUCUCGCGACUACGCCUAA